AUGGUGGAAGUGAAAAGGUUUCUCUCUAGCGUUUCCCUAAGGAUGCUAAUUUUUUUUUUUUGUUGUAUCCUUUUGUUUUUUGCCCUCACCCCGGAUAUUACUACAGGAAGGGUGCAACAACUAUGUGGAAGCCCUAGUUACAGUCUUAACACCGGUUUGUGCGUGGCAGACAGUUCGACCAGGUGUUGUGCAAGUUGCGCUUUGCCCUAUUCACCAGGUAGAGAAAUAUUAAGCGCUUCAAAAUUUUGCCACCAUGAUGAAUUUAUGAACAGGGGAAUUUACCCCUUUGUAGGGAACCUUACGGAUGAUCAAUGGUGCAGCCAACCCAAUCUAACGAACCGGCGGCGCGGCGGUGGAGACAGCAAUAACAACAAUAACAGUAACAGCUGCACUAGUAGUAAUGUUAGAACGCCGGGGUGGCUCUUCUCCUCGUGCGGGGCCAAGGAAGGCACCCCUUUAACGACAUUCGGUGAGAAAAGAAGGGAAAUACUACCAGGGGAAUCACUCAUGAGAAGGUCAUUCACAAUAGAUGGAAGAGUACCUCAUAUGCAGUCCGAGUCGGAAUACACUUCAAAAAAACAAACACAACGGUGUCUCGCAGAGUUUAUCAACUUAGACAAUAAUACAAAAGGCGAGAAAAAGGCAGAUGCAGUAGGGGCACCAAAUGAUUACCUAGUGGGUAGGAAGAAUCUGGAGGAGGAUACCAGAAAUAUAUACAUGCAAGAAUCCAGUCAAAGAUCCGGCUACGAUGCGGAAUCUGCACCAAGUAAAGACAUAAACACAUCGUUAAAGUCGCUCUUUCUAAACAGAAAAAAAAAUACAGGAGAGAAAAAUAAAAGAAACAACUUUUCGAGGAAUAUAGAACGCACGAUAGAAUUUAUUGAAGGAAACUACCCCAUGGAUAAGCCACCCCUUAUGCAUAUUCUGGCUGACCAAAUGUAUAUAAGAACGAUAAACCAGAUGACAUCGGUCCAAAUUAAAGGGAAUAAACUAGACAAAUUUAAGUACAAGAAUAUUUUAAUAUAUGAUUCCUUCGAAAACUGUAAAGGAAAUAUCGUUGAGAAAGUUUCUGUAAAAGAAAUUUCGCCCUUUCACAUAUUAACGGAAAAUUUUAUGAUGAAAAAAUUGGGAAUGUUUUCCAUUUGCAUCGAAAUGGAAGACACACAAUAUGUCGCAUUGCUAAAAAUUCAAAACAACUUAAUUGAGCAGAUCACACCGUCAAAUGAUGUAAGCACAAUAUCUGCAUUCAAUUGUGCCCUGGGUAAAUCAUCCAUAUUCAUUCCUGAAGAGGGCAAUGUGAGGAUUGUAGAGAAAGUUGGAGAAAAUUUAUCACAAAAAAGUCAUUCUUAUGAUAUCUUGGCUAGAAUUUUAAGGAAAGAAAUAAAAAUGUUGGCUUGCUCUUCCUUCGAAAAUUAUGUUGUCUUCUUGGAAAUGAAUUAUAUAAUCGUUGCCACUUCAGAACCGAAUGAUGUAUACGAAGUUAUUUCGCAUUUUUUGACCAAACCGGUUGGCAUAUUUCUAGACCAACACAUUAUAUAUGUCACAGACGCGGACAGGAAAAAUGUUUUCAGAUACAGAUCGGAGUAUAUACUCAAGGAGACCGCCGCUACGCUGGUCUUUCUGGACGGAAGUGGGGAAGUGGGGCAAGUGGAGCAAGCGAAAGGGGAAAAAGGAGAAAAAGGGGUAAAAUCGCCAUUACCUGCGUAUCACACUCAGGGCAAGGCAAACGCUCGGCACACAUAUGCAACAAAAAAAAAAAGAGACUACCUCUCCCCCCUGGGGAGGAUCCUACUGCAAGGAGGAAAAAAGGAACAAAUAGACUAUUUAAUAAAUGGGGAAAACUACCUAAUAACCAAACUGCGAGAUUUUUACAAUAUACGGCGAUACAAAAGAAACAAGGCAAAACUGAAAGGGCUGUUGUCUAAGAGUGUGACGCUGGUUUACCCAGCAGGAAUUGUUGUAGAUCAGGAGAAGGUAUACUUCGUAGACACGGCACUACAUAUGCUAUUUUGCUUCUCCAUGAAGGAAGACAGAAUUAUCGAGACGUUUGGUUAUCUAAAUUCUCCAGUCAUGAGCAACAAAGGAUUGAACAAACCUUUUUCCUUGUCCCUAUUUCAUGUGACUCAAUGGAAUAAGAGUCUCCUCUUUUUGAGCGAACUGUCCAGUUCUAUAAUUCUAAUAUUUGAAAUAAAAGAAAAUAUCCAAUUGUACCUAACCUAUGGUAACCUCCCCCUUGACAUAGCCACCUCCAUUGUCGUGACGGCAGAAUUUUUAAUCGUCUGUGGAUUAAAACGAAGUAAAGAAAAUUAUGUGAACUAUGUCACAUACAUAAAGAUUGAAGAAUUGAGCGAGUUCGAAAUUGAGUACAACGAAUUCCCAUACACCCUACAUUAUGGAGAAGAGGUAAAUAUGACGCCUCUGAAAAGAAGCAGCAAUAUAAAAAAGUUUACCCUUAGACAGUACGAAAAUAAAACCAAUGCAAAUAUCGACACCGGAUUGAAUAUAGACAAACACAGCGGAAUGAUAAGUGGGAAAGUAAAGAUCUCCGCAUGGUUCCACAUGGAAAUAGUGGCUUACGAUUACUUCAACAAAAUCACCUUAAGUUUUGAAAAUUUUAUCUCUUCAUGUCCGAAGGGAUUCUUUUUUCAGUCUAAUAAUUGUGUCCCUUGUCCCAUAGGGUACUAUACAUCAAACGUGCAUAGACUCAAAUGCAUGAGCUGUGAGAACUACCAAGAAAAUUCAACCACCUCUUACCCUGGAUCCAUUUCCAGAAAUGAGUGUUUAUGUAAAGCUGGAUACUACUUGGAGGACAAAAAAAAAGCGUGCGUAAAAUGCCCAGCAGGCUACUAUAAAGACCAAAUUGGAGAUUUCAAAUGUCAGUCUACAUGUGAAAAUAUGAAAAGAAGUCUCGUCGAAGGAGCAGCAAGCUAUGAAGAAUUAAACUGUGCAUGCAAAGAUGGGUACUAUACGGACGCUCUAUCCAAAUGUGUUCCAUGCUACUUAAACUUUUAUUGCAUUUAUAACCCAAACGUUCCAAUUAGUAAAGCGGAUAUUAUUCCUUGUAAAGAACACAUGGUAACUUUAAAAAGGGGAUCCACCUCACCGAAGGAUUGUAUCUGCUCCGUUGGCUAUUACUACGAUAGUGAAACGGAUACAUGCAAGCCAUGUUCUUAUGACACAUAUAAAGCAAACCAAGGCAAUGAAUCCUGCACACCCUUUGUAACCAAUCCAAGAUCCACACAAGAAUUUCUGCCCAAUGAAAACUACUUGGAACAUUCCAAUAUUUUUUUAAAAAAAACAUCAAACGUUAUUAUUUCCCCUAGGAAGGGUAACUCCUCUUCCCAUAGUGCCAAGUAUUGUGAAACUGGAUACUUCUACAGUAAGAAUAAGUCCAUUUGUUCCAUUUGUAGAUACAACGGGUACUGUGAAGGGCUCCACAAUGAAGUUACUACGUGUCCAAAAAAUUCAGUCACCGUUAAGUUGAAAAGUGUUACCCCUAUGGACUGUUUAUGCGAAAGGGGAUAUGGACGAAUAACCAUUCAGAAGCACAAGUCAUUCAACAUAUUAUGUGUACCUUGUCCUUACAACACUUUCCAGCCUCACCACUCCUCUGGUGAAUGUAUUCCUUGCCCUGCUUACACCUUUACAAUUUCUGUAAAGUCCACUUCCAUUACGGACUGCUUACCUCAAAAUGGCUACUACGACAUGUACUUUCAGUACAUAUACCAGCAUACCAGGGAGCGACUCGUGCAGAAUGUGCCUCUUUUUUUGCAGCAGUACCGUCGAUACGUGAGCGAUCAGUACACAAAUGGAAGAGAGGCGCAUCUACGGAAAGGGAAGCCAAGAGCCGAUUGCCACAUGGACCAUAUGUGUGGAAUACCUGAUGAAGACAGUCCUCUAUCACUACAGCAGCUCACUCCCAAACUGAUCGAGGGGGAAAGAACCCAUGGGGAUCACGGCCAAAACCAACAUGACGCCCAAUGGACGUGGUGCGACAAACCAGAUGCCACAAAUGGGUACGAAAAAGACAACGCUAAAGCUAGAAUGCCAAAAAUAAGUAACAGCAUACGCAACCUGAAAGGAACGUACAGCAACGCGUUUUACACGAAUUACCUCAAAAAUGUUAUUCUCAUGGAUAGUACAAAAAUGGCCCGUUUUAUUCAGCAGGAAGGCUCCAUAUUUUCGCUAGAUAACUCACCAGUAGGGAACAACAACCCUAGGGGAAUUAUCCUCCCUCGUCAGGAAGACAGCAAAGAGGCACCUUCAAAAGGGGAACGUGUACUAAUGAAAGAUGGAAAACAGCACUCACCUGGAAUAUCCAUCGCAGAGGAAGCGGCGUCAGGGACACUCAUUGAUAGCAAUUCAAAUUUACAGGGAACAAUUCUACUACCAGAAGAUAUGAAAGCAGUUGUACGCAAAUUCAACUUCAUAGCACAGAAAAGAACAGACCUCCUAAUGUUGAUAAAGUCAAGGGAAGAAACGUACAUCGAGAAUAAGCGAAAGGACAUAUCCUACGAAUGCUACGAAAUGGACAGAGCAAUAAUUAUACAAAAAAAUGUGUACGUAUCUACCAUCCCCGAAAUUGAUCUCAUAAGUUGUCUUAACACAUGUAUCUCAAACAUAUACUGCACAGGGAUAGAAAUGGAUAGAACAAUACACGACGGGAAGACAGACUUAUUUUUCUUCCUAAACAGAAGUCAUGGGACGAAAAUGAUCCAUUUUUUCAAAUGCUACUUAUAUUUUUACGAAGAAAUUGCAUCCUAUUAUAAAAAGGAGAGUUUGAAAAAAAUCGAAGACAUACAACGUUAUGAUGAUGCAGAUAGGAUAACCGGCUGUGUGGUGCAAAAAAAUGAAAUGCUAAAACUGUGGAAGGUGUACAAUUUUGACGUAUGUCCAAAUAACUAUUAUUGUCCCCAAAAAUCAUUUAAAAAGAAAAAGUGCCCGUUAAAUUCAGUUAAAAAAAACUUCCAAGGAACUAUCGAAGAUUGCCUAUGUUCCCCCGGGUACUCCCUACAGAAAAAUUUAAACCUGUGUGUACCAUGUGAGAAAGGGACUUACAAAGAUUCCACAUCGAAUGGAAAGUGUAUCAAGUGUCCUCUCAACUUAACUACAUCUUCGGAAGCAUCCACUUCCAAGUACGACUGCGUUUGCAGAGAAGGCUACUAUUUUCAUGGGCUCUUCAGCAUGAAAUUGGUGGACUCAAAAAUGGAGCAAGUCAUGAUUGAAGGUAUUAAAAAAGCGAAAAAGAAUAAAAUUUUAUCUCUACCAAAUGGGGAAAACAAAGUGGACGAUCUUUUUUUACAAGUAAAGUCAUCUGGAAGGAGGCAAAAAUUUGCCAAAAUGGUGCAAGCAGUUUUAGGGGAAAGUCUCCAACGGGCGACAGGAAAGGGGGAAGCUCACGGGGGUGACAACACAAGUGCGAUUAAGGAAAACGAAGUGGCGUCCACCGUCAAGGAGAAAAGCUUCACCCAAAUGGGAGAUACCCCGAUACACGUUUCGCAUACCCCGCAUGCAGUGCAAAAACAUUACAAUUCACUCUCCAGUUUAGAUUUUCCUUUCAACAAACUUCAUGACAGUGAGGACAGUUCCCCCUACGGGACGUGCAUUAAAUGUCCAAACAAAAUGUUUUGUCCAGGCUUCUGGUUUAAAAAUUUCGAAAGGGAACUUCAUCACCCGCCCAUAUUUUGCCCCAAUGGAUCAACCGUACCUAAGACGACCUUAGAGUCGACGGACGUGCAUAAGUGCAUAUGCGGGAAAGGGUACAGCAUAAAUGUGCAAAAGAGUCACAAAAACAGAGAAGGCAGCGACGUAAAGAGUGGAAGUAACGUAAACAACGUAAACAGUGCAAGCAACGCAAAGGAUGGAAAGGACAGACGCGGGCGUAGCAGCGAAAUGUGCGUGAAGUGUGAAGAGGGGUACUACAAAGACGUUGUGGAUAAUUCACCGUGCGCUGGUCUAUGCAUGGAAUUUUCCACCUCCUUCCAAGGAUCUAUCAGCAAAAAACAGUGCUUUUGUUCUAGGGGCAAAUAUAUGAUACAUGAGUCUUCCCACGAAAUGAAAUGCGUGAACUGUUCCAAAGGGGCCCUAUGCAUUGGUGGCUUGAAGUACAAGUCGCUAAAGAAUUUAAUACAAAACUCCAACUACACCGACAUAGAAAUUAACGACCAUGUUAUUCCAUUCCCUCAGAAGGGGUACUUUGCCACCUUUGAAAUAAAGCAUGAUGAUUUCGUAUGGUCCCCGCUGAACUCCCUAAAUGUUCAGAUAAAUAAUUACGAAAAGGGAGAUAUAAUAAUUAAAAACAAAAUAGCCAAGCAGUUAUUUGGCGGAAGGGUAAGACAUAUUACUGUAGAGAGGAAUAACCAGAAUAAUCAUCCAAAGAAGCACAAAGUGGAAGUCAAACCGGGGAAGGAAAUACAACUGGGUUACCCCGCCAGUAAAAAAAGUAUCUCCCUUGUCGAAGUAGGCAUAACACACAUCCUAGUUAACGAAAAAUUGGAGAAGCUAAAAUAUAAGAAUGAGUAUUUAACAGUGGAGAGAAUUCCAGACUUUCAUUUGUGUCCAAUUAGUAAAAGAUGCGUAGGGGGGGUGGACAAUUUAUGUGCCCACGGGUCGGAAGGAUACUUAUGCAACAACUGCUCAAGAAACUAUGACACGAUUUAUUUCAGAUCCCAAUGCGUUAAAUGCGAAAAGACAAAAACGGAACUGAUCGAUUUAUUGGCUAGGAAAAUAUUUUUCUAUAUGAUAGUAUUCUUUCUAAUAUAUUUAAAUUACUUCUGCUAUGUAAAAAGGAACUUUGUAUUUAUGGGCAUAUUAAAAAUAUGGUACUUUUUCAUCAUCUGUUUUUUGCCCUACAUUUAUAUAGUAGAGUCUAACCAUAGUUCAUUGCCAAACCAUUUGUUCUACUUCCAGUUCUUUAUCACCCUCCCUAUGAGGUUUCUGACACAUUAUUUGAAGCUGAACUGUUUUGUGAACUCCUAUAGCAACCAGCAGUAUAUACACAUAUGGUACAUACAGAGGUACAUAAAAAUAGCGGAACCCAUGAUUGACUGCGUUGUGUUGACAGCAACCUUUUUAACUAUCUACUUAGUCUACACUUGGCUGAAGAGGAAGCAAAUUAGAACCGUAGAAAGGGUCAUUGCUAGGCAGAUUAACAAAGUACACUCCAAGGGGUACUACCAGCACCGCUCCGACUUCUACUACCAGUACUAUCAAAAACAUGUCAUUGACACGAUUAAUGAUAAAAAGGGGAGGGAAGAUUUGUGGUUGAAGAGGUGGGGAAAUGCAUCCAUUCAGCAUGAACAUUCCUCCGGUGAGGAAGCGGCAAAGGCGAAAACAAAAAAAAUGAAGACAACAAAAACGCCUCAACGGAAUAGCAGCACAUCAGGUGGGAACAGCACACAGUGUGGCAGCAGCGCCCACUUAUCCACCUCUGACGAUUCGCUGCGCGGCAACAAAAUGGCGAAGAAGGAACUAUCCUCUAGUAAUGAAAAUCUGUACAAUUUUGAUGAAGAAUUCUUGCCUAACGAUGCAUCAAAUUACUGUGUGAAGGAAAACAUAGCAAAGGACAAAUACUGGACGUACAUGUGUGCGCUUAAUAUCUACAAUAUUAAAGCCUUUGGAUUAUUCCGUUACAUACACCCGUCUAGCAUAAGCACUUUUAGUAGAAUCAAAAGAGUUCUCUCCGAUUUGAAGGUCCUCUACAUUAUCGUCUUGUAUAUAUACUUCCCAUUUACUCUUAUUAGCCUGUUAGAGCUGGUGUGGUGCCAACCAGUAAAGUACAAAAGUAAAACACCCAUCCUAGUUCUCUAUCACAUGCCUUCCCAAGUUUGCAACUGGGGCAAUAAAUUAUUUGCAACAGGAGUGAUAUUUUCUUCCGUCUUCUUCCUCAUGUAUUUACUCCUAUUCAUCUUUUCAUUUUAUGGCACCUUGAAGAAUUUUAAAAUAUAUGGUUCGUAUGCAAAACGAGUGCGUAGUUACUUCCUCUUCAAUGGGUACAACUACCAGAACCGGUGUUGGGACCUCUUCAAUGUGAUCAAGGUGAUGUUCGUGGCAAUUUCCUUCACUUGUCAGUUGUACACCAAAAGAAUUGAUAACGCGAAAUAUUUUAUAUGCUGCUGCAUCGUGUUUAUCCUAAUCACAGAAGUUACCCUUAUUUUGAUGUAUUCCCCUUACGACAAAAGGUCUAAUAACAUUUUGCGCAAGUUAAGUUUGUUGUCCACCUUUUCCAUAUUGAUAACAUACCUAAGUGUCCAGUUCAGCUUCUUCUUUAAUUUUCCCAUUACGAAUUCUUUGCCAUUCGUUUUAUUUGUCUACUUUCACCUCUACAUGGGUAACAAAAUUGUACUCGAAUUUGUCAUUUAUAAGAAUAUUUUUAAGAGCAAGGAGGAGAAAGAGGAUCAGCAAGACGUAGGGCGAGAAGCGGAAGGGUUGCUGAACGAGCAGUCCUUCUUCAAUUUUGCAAAGCAGAAGAGUAACCAAAAUGGGGCGAACCCAAACCUACAUGCAGAUGAUAGAAGUACAAGUGGGGCACACAACUCUUCCACCCUAACGGGAGAGAAGAAGAAAAAAACUUCUUUCUCUUUCCCCUUGCCCUACACAUCUGUGUUGAAAAAAUGCAACCUUUAUGACCUUCUCCUACGCGUGAAUAACAUCCCAUUUUAUUCCAUCCUCUUCAACGAAAAGGGGGAGGAAAUUUUCAUAUUUGAAAAGGGGUCCACCAGAGCCAAGUACGAAGAAAUAGUGAAGAAUGUAAAAAUGGACACCACGGAGAGAUCUCAAACGGGAGUAAUAAGCCUAGAUUUGCUACACUCUGAUUUGCUUUACUACAAUAUUAGUGACCCCUCCAGACAGCCCCUCUCCAAUAUCAACUAUGUAGACCUGAAAAAGAGGAGUACGAAUUGGUCUCAACUUAUGGGUGAAAGCAAAUUAUCCAACAAUUAUAAAAAAUUUUUAAAGAGAGAAAAAGAGUACCCCAACGGAAAGGACAACAAUCUUCAUGGUCACGUAGAUGGAGAAAAUUCAAGAAGGGUCACCCCCCCAAUUAAUAUAACCCAUUUUAUCAAUUGCCUAAUUGAAGCCAUCAACAUUCUGUUUGUUAAUCAGUCGUAUAACCAAAUAAACGUAGAAUGGAUCAGCUUCGUUACGAGAUUUUCUAUCUGCUUCAUACACUGGAUGAAGAACCACGACGAGAAUUUAGUGAACCUUGUCCCAAUCAAUAAGAAGCAAUUUGAAAGGAAAAAAAGAAAUCUCUUAUUCUAUUCCCUUUUUAGUUCCUACGCAGAAGUUUAUUCUGUGCAUUCCAUCAUUGGAGAUAAGAACAAAUUUGAGCAACACAAAAAGAAUUUUCUACAAGCGGAAAACUUAGAACAAUUUUCCACCUACCUGAAUGAAGCAAAGAAGAAAAACCCUGCAGCAAAAGCACCCCAUUAUAGCCAAACUGAUGAUGAAGAAAAAUCCGAUUGUUACACUCCUCUGAAUUUUCUAAAUGAUGAAUUUUACAGAUGUGAGAAGGAUAUAAUUAAAUUACUUUUUGAUGAAAAUAUUUUUAAAAACUUGUCCAUCUCGAUUGUGGAAUUUUUCUUCUCAAUUUAUAUGAUUCAAUUUAUCGAAAGUAAGCGUCUCUCCAUUUUAAUUUUCCUCUUCUGCGAGAAGAAAAACUCCUUAAGUAGGGAAAAGAAAUUCUUAAAAAUAAUCCAAGCCAGAAAAAAGGACAUCCAACUUAUUAUGUUCUCGCAGAACAACAAGCAGAUGUACGAUUUCGUGGAAAAAAACUAUCUGAAUGAGUACAAUCAGGAUUUAAAAAAGAAAAUAAAAAAACUACAAAACUUAAUCAAAAAGAAGGAGAAGUCCUCUCUCAAACGUGAAAAGGCGAAAAGCGUUACGCGAAUGCAGGGAAAUACGGCGAACAAAAUGAGCAACGCGAACGCGUACUUCGUCCAGACAUUGAAGAAGCUUCUCGACGAUUCGUCCGCCACCACGCUGCGGCACACGGGGGGUGCAAGAAGAAAACGGCACAAGAAAACGCCCAACUAA